AUGCCUAAUAGCUUCGCCAGUAUCUUCCAAGAGGCAGCAUACGCAUUUAUUAAACGCGAGGAUGCAAGAGAGGCUCAUAGUAAGGCCGAGGCUGAUCGUAACAAAGUAGCUGAAUAUUUCAACGCGUUUCCAGUAAUGCGCGAUAGAUACGAGGGGCGUUUAGAGAAUACACGAAAGGAGCUUGCGCGAGCCAAUAGGGGUUUGGAGAUCAAAUCCAGGCCUUUGGAGACUAUAUGCCUUGAGUUUGCGAGGGAGAAUUGCGCAAAAAAGGAACUAGAACCGAUGGUACCAUUUCUUCGACAACUCAGGCACGAGUUUGGGACCUCCGAUUCCCUUGCACAAUUCCUAAAAUCAUCCCUAUCACCUUCCACAAAUCUAUCGCAGCCUCAACAAUCAGCUGCCAAGCCUGAUGAGUUGCAGAGGCUCAGUAGUGAGUUGGCAAACUUAAAGAAGCAGCAGGACGAUGAGGCGAAACUCCGCCGAGAGCUCUCUGGAGACUUCCGUGAAUACAAAGAUAACUCAAGCAAGCGUCUCAAGACUUGUGAAGACAAAUUGGAGGAUGUUGAAACUUCUCAACGAGACCUACGGAGUGAGCUCGACCAAACAAAGGAAGAGAUGCGUAGGGUUGUCGAUGAUAUUAGAGGGGUUCAACAGUCCUUAGCUCAGCUUCAAGAAAGCAGUACUAAGAACACCCAGAACUCCGUGCCUACUGCCACUGGAGCCAACCUGAGUUCGGAUGUUGCAGAGAUCAAAAGGGUUGCACAGGAAACCGUUUUAACACUCGUGAGCCGUUGCGAAAAUCUGCAGGAAAAAUAUCUGCAAUUUGAGACGAGAGUGAAGGAACUGGAGUUGAAAAUUGAUAGUAUCGACGCCAGCCCUGUAUCUUCUGACGCUAUUGCCCGACUCGAGAAGCAGUUGAAAAUCCAAGAUGAAACCAUCGACAGUAUUAGACAGAGUGCGGAAAACGAUACUGAAAUUAUGAUGGAACAAUUCACAACUAUUGAUGCCAGCAUUCAGGAAAACAAAUUUCAAACCUCUCAGCUCUCGGCGGACUUGGAAGAGCAAAAGGCAGUAAUUAGGAAUGGGAUGGGUCAGGAUAAGAAUGCUUCGGAAGUCCAGGCAAUCCUCGGCGAGCAUAGGACGAAUAUCAAUACCCUGAAAGCGGAGCUCCAAAAUCUCAUAACCAGGCAGCAUGAUUAUGCCUCCAAACUUCAUGACUUGGACAGAAAUUUUUCAACUAUCACGCCCAAACUUUCGAAGGAAAUCGAAGCCACUCAGACAAAGUUGGCAAAAUGGGAGAAUAGCUUGGACGGUUGUCUUACUGCUGUCGCACACUUGGAUCAGAAAAUGUCUGCGUUUACAACCAAGGAUUUCUACGAAAGAGUUGUUUCAUCUCUUGUUGCCAUCAAUCCGUUGCUGUUCAACACUACCGGCCAGCUUCAACAUAUGCUUAACGAGAACAAGAAGGUUUCCACCACUGUUCAAAGGUUAUUGGUAGAACAUCAACAAAAUCAAGCAAGUGAACCUACCCAGCAGCAACAACAGUACCAGCCCCGGCAAGGGGCUCCAGAUCCAUCCUCAACCAACACCGAAGCCGCAAACGGGACUGCUAAACCUGGGGAAGCUGUGCCAUCCGAGGGACCUGGGUCUUUAUCUCAAGCCCUAAAGGAUAUAGAGUCCCACACCCGGGCCCUUGAGGAACUCACUAGGCGCGUGGAUCAGCACAUUGAAACCUACAACGGCAAGAUGAGCGACAUUCGCGAGUGGACUAUCAUUGCAACCAAGAAGCUCCAGGAGAAUUCGGAUACAUGCGGUGAUAUGGCGAGGGAGGUCAACCUGAUACAAGCUUUUCUCAAUUCAGCCAAUGAAAGCGCACCCCCCGCCGGCUCUGGACAGAACCAAUCUCAGUGGCGCGCCGUGAGUGCCUCCACGGCACCGCGUAACCCUGGCCUCGAAUCUGAUGUGCAGUCUGAAUAAGAGGAUACUGGAGAUGAAAGCUCUUAAUACAGUGUCUUAUCUUCCUCUAACAGAUCCGUAUUCUGCUUCUUGACGAAUGGGGGGAAAAAGGAGAGGGGAUAUUGCUUUUCUUAGUCUAGUCUUUCUUCUUCCCUUUCUUGUUUUUCCUUGUUUUUCUUACCUCGCUUCUUUCCUAUGCUUCUCUACCCCGCAAUACCUUACAAAAGUUUCCGCCUCAUCUCGUUUUCCCUCUAUAAGCUCUUCGGGAUCCUUUUAAACGCAAACUAUACACAAUCCAUGAUAGCGACGUUAUACCGUCAACUUCCUCCUCAUUGUCGCUUACCUUUUGCUCAUUUAUUCUUCCCCCUCUUCCCUUUCCCUACGCUUUUCCAAGCGUUCCAAGAUAUACCUGUAUUAAUUUCUUUUACACCGAUUCACUCCUUCCCCACUUCCCACUUUCACAAUUGGCAUAACUCUCUGUUCUUGUAGGUACCAUAGCUCGCUCCUUCUUGCAACAUCUUUUACUAAAAAAAAAAAGCUACCAAUCAAGAGUGACCAGCACUUCCAUUUUCUCCCCAUUUUCUCUUUUCCUUUCACACUGUCAAGUUUUGUUUUUCCGGUUUCUACUCUAUUCGAUUGGAUAGGAUGGGGGUUUGGGGGCGUUUGUUCACUUUGCUUUGUUUUUGCGUGGGUUAGGUUGGUUUUUUUUCUUCACAAAUAUUUCGUUCAGUAUGAUACAAUACGUUUUUUCGCGAGUUUGCUAGGGUAUGGUUGGGAAAGUACUCGUACGAAGUAUAAUGUUCUGAGCCCUGAAAAGGGUGUUUUAUACCACACAGAAAGGUGGCGUAGGAGACAAUGUGAGAAGCGGGUUUGCUCUCGAUUCCUUGCUCCUAUAUUUGUUGGGUGGAGCACUCUACACCGCAGGUAUCAUAGUACGAGUAGGUUAAGUAUGAUCGAUACGGGUAUAUCUGCGAAUCGAGGAUAUCGUG